CGUCGCAGAGAGCCACAAUGAGCGGCAAGCGGCGCAAGCCGACACGGUCGGAAAUGCUGGCCAUGAGCUCUGGAGGAGGAGGCGAGGAAGGAAGCGGUGGCGCGGGUGUGGCGGCUGGUGGCCAGGUCGGGUCUCCCGGCGGCAGGCCGUUGGUUGGCGGCUCGGUCGCAGCAAGCGCGGCUCCGGGGAGCGGGUACGGGCCUGGGGCCGGGGCGCUGGGCGCGGCUCCGCCGCCGAUGGCUAUGGCUCCUGCGCCUGGGACGGGCCCUCUGGCGGCAUCGGACGCAUCGUUUGUAGGCACGCACGGGCUGCGGCUGCAGCAGGCUAACGAUUCUAACUGGCCGCUGCGGACGCCGAUGGAUGUGGCGUCUGCGGCGUCAGGAUCGCGCGGCGGGCCUCGGCCGCAGCGCGAGGAAAAGUUGCCGGCGUACGCGUCGCGCAAGGCGCGUGAGAUCGAGUACAAGCCGUACUCGCUGUCAGACUACAAGCGGAUUGCGGCGCCGACUAAGCUCGGCUCGCUCGGCCCAGACCUGGCCUCGCCGGAGCUGCAGGCCAAGCAGGAGCGGCGGCGGCGGAUGCAGAGCUACGGGGCCAAGCUCAAGCAGAUGCAUCGGAGCCACAUCCCUGCGCCGAUUGUGCCCAAGGGCUCGGUCGAGCGGCGCGAAAAGGUGUCCAAGUCGGAGCGGGCGCGGCAAUACUCCAAGACCAUCCGCAAGCCGGCGCACCGCGGCGGGGCGCCGGCGCCGCACCGCGCCUCGGGCGUGGCCUACGCCGGAACCUCAGGCUUUGGCGGCACGUUUGGCCAUGGAGUCGGUGCGGGCGCGCGCGGCGGCGGCUAUGACCUGCAAACCUCGCAGUCUUCCAAGUACAACCGUGGCGCUGGCAACACGCCCAUCGAGGCCAUGGAGCUCAAGCACCGCAUCGACUUGCAGCAGGUUGCGUCGAUCCGCGAGUCGUACAUGUGAGGAGGGCUAAAAGUAAGAAAAGGAAAUCAGAGGCGGGAGCGAG